GAUUUAAUAUCAACAAAUAAUAAAGACAGGAUCACUCAGUGAUUUAAUUUAGAGACCGGAAGUCAAAAGAAACACUUUUAAAUGACGUCCAGCUUCUUUAUCACGGACGGAGCUCUUUUAUUUUGAAAAGCCAUAAAGGAAAUUGUGUGUUGUGCUCGUGUGAAGACGGUCCGCCCGCUCAGAAACACGAUCCACAGAUCCUAAAGUCUGUCAGACCUUUACUGAUCAGGAGGAUUUAAGAUCUUCAGAGUUCCUCCAUCAGCUGUUAAAGAUUCUCAGCAUGUGGAGGUGAAGACGCCGAGAAGGAGACGUCAUGUUGUCUCUCAUCAGGAGGACGUCAUCUCUCUCUGGAGGCUGCUCGGCUGUUCACAGGUUCCGGACCGCGUCCUCGUUCAGCAACCUCAUCGCGUCCUCUGACAGCAGCGGCCUGGUCCUCCUCUCACGGUCCACAGACGUGUACCAGAACCUGGCUCUGGAGGACUGGGUCGACGCCAACGUGGACCUGCAGCAGCGCAGCAUCCUGCUGCUGUGGAGGAACCAGCCGGCCGUGGUCAUCGGACGCCACCAGAACCCGUGGACUGAGUGCAACCUGCCCGCAAUGAGGAGGGCGGGGAUCCCUCUGGCUCGCAGGCGGAGCGGCGGGGGGACCGUGUACCACGACCUUGGGAACCUGAACUUAACGUUCUUCACCUCGAAGAAAGGAUACGACCGACAGAGGAACCUGAAGGUCGUCACGGACGCUCUGAGGAGGAUCAGACCGGAGCUACAGGUCCAGGCGACGGAGAGGUUUGACAUUUUACUGAACGGACACCUGAAGAUCUCAGGCAGUGCUUCCAGGCUGAGCAGGAAGUCGUCCUACCAUCACUGCACUUUGCUCCACUCAGCUGACCGCUCCGCCCUCUCUGCCGUGCUCCGCCCCUCUUGUCCCGGCAUCCUGAGCAACGCCACGCCCAGUGUCCCCUCACCUGUCACCAACCUGGUGGACCACGCCCCCUCGCUGCAGUGGGAGGAGCUGCUGGAAGCUCUGACACUGCAGUACAACACAGAAUUCGGCUUCAGCGCCGCAGCGACCUUCGUGAACCCCUCUGAGGAGGCCGUGUUUCCUGGCGUGGGCAGGAUGGAGGCGGAGCUUCACAGCUGGGACUGGACGUUUGGCAAGACGCCAAAAUUCACCGUCCAAACCAUCCUGGAGCUGACAGACGGUCAAGCGGCUCGCUGCUCCGCCCAGCUGCACAUGGGGAUAAAGAACGGCGUGAUCGAGAGCUGCCAGCUGGACAUUCCUGCCGACUGGCUUCCUCAGCGUCUGGUUGGUGAGCUGAGUGGCGUGCUGGUCGGGGAGAGGUUCUGUGGUCACCGAGCAGCUGCAGCCGUUACUGUGAUGCUGCGGUCUGAGAGCGGCGAGCUGCAGGACAGACUUACUCACCUGUGUGACGCUCUGGUGUCCGCCAUGGGCUGAAAAUAAAGUUUAUAUAUUUACUGUUCAUUAUGGGGGGGAACUACCGCCCCCUACAGGCUGCAGAGGAGAACUACCGCCCCCUACAGGCUGCAGAGGAGAACUACCGCCCCCUACAGGCUGCAGAGGAGAACUACCGCCCCCUACAGGCUGCAGAGGAGAACUACAGCCCCCUACAGGCUGCAGAGGAGAACUACCGCCCCCUACAGGCUGCAGAGGAGAACUACAGCCCCCUACAGAGUACUUUAAGGACCAGCACUGACUGUCAUAUUAACAUGUCCUGAGGGGAGCAGGAGGAAACAUCAUGGAGUUUAUAAAAUAAAAGGUUUUUAUGUUUCA